GAAAUGCCAUUAACGCUAUGGAGCACGUUCCCGUCGCUGAUACAACGUCACUUGUACCAAGAAGGGAAUUGCGUGGAAAACCAAAAGUACGGAUAUGUUGCAAGGAAGAGGAAAGUUUUUAUCGAAGGGGGGAAAAGGGAGAUUGGAAAGAUGACUAUUAGGAUACGAAGAACGAACUGAUAUUAUUUUUC